AUGAAGAUGUUGAUUCAAGAGGUGUGGCGAGCCAAGCUAGAUUGGGAUGAAGAGCUGUCAGAACCUUUAAAAUGCCAAUUUCAAAAAUUGGCGUCAAGGUUUGUCAAACCUAGCGCGCGUCACAGUUCCUCGAUGCCUAGUAAAGAAAGAGCGCCCAGUAACCCAGCAAUGAAAGGGUCGACGUAUCUUUUGUCAUGGCCAAAAACACACGUCGCACCGUUGAAACAGCUCUCGAUCCCUCGGCUCGAACUUCAAGGAGCCGUCGAAGCUUUACACCUGGCAAUACUAAUUUGUCGUGAGAUGAACCUAGAUCUGAGCCAAAUCACAUUUCACGUCGACUCCCAGACAGUUCUUAGAUGGAUCCAUUCUGCCAAAAUCAAAUACGAAGUGUUUGUGGGCAAUAGAACUGGAAAGAUUCUAAUGCCGACUGUCGACAAUGGCGCCACGUUCCAGGAGUCAUGA